AUGCGCAAGAAGCCACCAGGCAAACUGCUGUCGAAGAGCGCGCACAAGGUCGAGCGUGAGUAUCGCAUUCUCAAUGCCCUAGCAAGGACAGAUAUUCCAGUCCCGAAGGUCUAUUGCCUUUGCGAGGAUGAGGGCGUUGUUGGCACCCCGUUCUAUAUCAUGGAGUUCUUGGAUGGACGCAUUUUCGAAGACCCGACGUUCCCUGGAGUUUCUGCUGGGGAGAGGAGAGCUUUAUGGCGUGAAGCCAUGGUCACCCUGGCUAGAUUCCACCGUAUUGAUCCUGGGGCUGUUGGGCUCGCAGGCUAUGGGAAAGCAGGGGGAUUCUACAAUCGCCAACUCGACACGUGGAGAAACCUCAACAAUGCCCAAGGCGAAGUGCUUGACAAGGAGACGAAUGAAGCGGUCGGCCGAGUUCCAGGGACUGAAGACUUGCUUCGAUUCUUCUCUGAUCCAGAUUGCCAGCCCAGAGAUCGAGUUAGUCUCAUCCACGGGGACUUUAAGAUCGACAACAUUGUCUACCACAAGACUGAACCAAGAAUCAUCGGAAUCUUAGAUUGGGAGAUGUCGACUGUCGGCCAUCCUUUUGCUGAUAUCGCCAACGUUGUGCAUCCAUGGACCGUCAAUGCGAUCUCACCCACCGCUGCUCAGGACCUGUAUCUCCCAUCUGUUGCCAGCCAUAUAGAUGGGCUGCCAUCCGUGGCCCAGUGCCUUGCCUGGUACAGAAGCGAAGCUGGAUGGGACCCAGCACCAGAGCUGAAAUGGGCAGAAGCCUUCUGUCUCUUCCGAUUGAGUAUCAUCUACCAGGGCAUUGCAGCCAGAUAUGCCGCGAGACAGGCCACGAGUCCUGAAGCGCGCAAGCUUGGUCGAGCAAUGUAUCCAUCUGCUGGGCUGGCAAAGCAGCUUAUUGGAGAUAUUAAACUACGGAAAGCAGGUAGCGCACGAUUGUAG